CCCGCAUCAGCCCGGCCGAGUGCGAGGGUCUCUACGGUGUCUUUCCGCGUCGUGUCAGGGCAAUCCGGGCAAAGACCCUACGUCAUCGCCUCGUCGUCAUCGCGAUGCUGCUCCUUUACUUUCCCCUCAUCGCCCAUCCUCGAUUCCCCCUGUUCAGCUCCUCAUUCACCGUCCAUUCCCCCCAUCUUUUUUUGACAUAAUGUCUCUCAAUUCCGUCACCGCCGGCCUCCAAGGCCGUCCGCCCAAGCUGGCCGGCGACCUCAAAUCGACCGUCCAACAAGCCCCCAACACAACUACUCAAACAGCUGGUCAGGUUACCGACUCAGUCCUCCCCGGAGAAUACCCAGGCGAUGAAAACCACAUCAAAGAAGCCCAGCGCGACGACACCAACAACGGACCCAUUUUCGCCCCCCUCCGACAAUGGUUCCGCCAAUCCCUCCCGCGCCUGCUCGAUCGCUUCGAGUCGCAGCUCAUGUGGCUACUAUCCUGGAUCCUGCCCGCUCCGCGACAAGCCAAGCUGUACGAAGAGGCCGCCCGACGCCCAGCCAGCACGACCUUCCUGAUCUGCCAGCUGCUCUGCUGCGGUGUGCCCUUGCUGGUGUUCCUCGCCGGCGUGUUUGUCUUUGCGGCCGUCGCGAUCCUGCUCUGGGCUGUGCUCUCGCUGCUUAUCCUCUGUCCGGUGUUAUUGGUCUCUAGCAUGAUUGGUGUGUCGAUGUGGGGAUGGGGAUGGCUGUUCUACGGAUUGAUUAAAUGGAUUGAUCAGAAGUAUCUGGGGGGGUUGAUCUCGAGGUUUUGGCUUUCUCGGAUGCCGCAGGAUACGGGGGGAGGUGAUGAUGGCCCGGGACAAGAGGGGCAGGCGGAGAAGGAGGAGUGAGAUACGAUGGCUUUGGGGGAUUUAUUUAGUAUGCUACGUUGUCGAUAUCCAACGUAGUUGCGUUGUUGUCUUGCAUGUGAGGGUUAUUGAUGUUGUUAGGUGGGAGGUUGGUGUCUAUAAAAUGUUGGAAGUCUAGUAUAUAUUGCUGGUUGAAUCUUACUCAAAAAAGAAAAGCAUC